UCUCAGUCAGUGUGUGUGUGUGUGAGAGAGCUGAAUGAUCCUGACUUGGAUAUGGACACAGAACACACACACUGAACAGGACAGACAGAUGGCCAUGAUGUCACUCUCUCAGUAGGAUGUAGGUGAAGAGAAGGAGAGACAGAAGAAGGAACAACAGGAUUAUUGUUUAUGCAGGAAACAACAUAGGAAGACAGUAAUCAUUGAAGGUUGUGAUUCGGGACACGACCCAGAGUGGCUGGUUCACUCUUCACUUUUUCUGCUGUACUUUUUUGUUCUUCACUGCCUCUUCAUUCAGGCCCUGCACAAACUUUCACGCAAGCGUUCCCCAUAAACAUCCUCUCUGCCAUCAUCAUGUGUCAUGUGAUCGUAACCUGCCGCUCCAUGCUUUGGACACUCCUCAGUAUCGCUGCGGCCUUCAGCGAGCUCAUUGCUUUCCUGAGCACUGAUUGGCUGGUGGGAUUCCCACGAGUGCCCGACUCUGCCCCUGAGGCAUCCGGUGAGGCCUACCGCCCCACACUGGGGCUUUUUGGGCGGUGUGUGUUUGUGGGCAGAGUCAUGUGUGGCCCUUAUGCUCUGACAUUCGAUGAGAUUGCAAGUGGAUUCUGGAAGGCAGCAGCCAUUUUUCUGGCAAUAGGAAUCCUUCUUCUCAGUGCUGUGGCCUUCACCUCCAUUUUCACCAUCUGCUUUCAGAGCAUCAUGAGGAAGAGCAUCUUCAAUGUGUGUGGACUACUGCAGGGCAUUGCAGGUCUGUUCCUGAUCCUGGGUCAGUUGUUGUACGCAGCAGGGUGGGGCAGCGAGAAGGUGAAGCAGUACUGUGGUGUGAACUCGUCGGCGUACAACCCGGCGAUGUGCUCCGUAGGCUGGGCGUUUUACACAGCGCUGCUCGGCACCGUGCUCAGCUUUAUCAGCGCCGUGUUCAGCGCACAAGCCGAGAUUGCCACGUCCAGCGACAAAGUCCAGGAGGAGAUCGAACAGGGCAAAAACCUUAUCUGCCUCCUCUGAGAGAGAAGCACGGGAGAAACAAGAGGUCCGUCGCAUUAAUGCCAGCGUGACAGCAAUCGAAUGACCAGAGAACAAAACCACUUUCAUUCCAUCUCACCACUAAAACUCUCUUUAUUGUUCUCUGAUGUGGGAGAAAAUCCCCUGCCUUCAUUUUCCCUCUGUGUUCUUUGCCCUUACUCGUUCUUUUUUUUGUUUGUUUGUUUGUUUGUUUGUUUGUUUCCACUCACUGAAAUGAAGAACGAAAUUGUAAAUAGGUUUGUGUAUAUACUGUACAAAAUGAUAAUGAGGAGGAUGAAGAAGAAACAUCUCAGUGAUGAAGGUGCUGAAACCACUAAACCACUGUCGAUUCCUGUUACGGGUCAAAGUCCUGCACGCGUUAAACCAGGAAGCAUGAAGUUUACACCCACUGGAAAACCUGACUCCGGAUCAGUGGACCAAAGGAGCCGAGACCUUUGUUAAGACACUUGUGUGGGUUUUUAACAGAACUCUUCCUCCUUUGUUUUUUCCUUCUGUUUCUGUUCAAUCCUUUUUUAUUUUCCUCUGAUUAUUCUUACUUGUUCCUUCCUCUCUCUCUUUCAAUUUUCUUUAUGUUUUCCGAUGUUUUUUCCUUUUCCUUCUUUACUUCCUCCCUGUCUCUCGACAAGAAGCAAAAGGAAGCGAGAUCAUUGUGCAACAGGAAAAAAAGUCAUUUGUUCUUAUACAUCCAUAGAGUGUGUGUGUGUGUGAGAGAGAGAGAGAGAGAGAGAGAGAGAGAAUAAUCACCAGCCACAUAAUCACUGCUCUCUGCCAAAUAAAUAAA